UCUCGUCUGCCGCACCCACUUCUCUGUGCUACCCUGGUUUAGUAAAAAAGUAAACCCCUGGAGGAAGGAGGAUAGAAGUAACAGAGGGAACUCGGUAGAAUAAAUCGUUUUUUUCUUUUCGUCUACACCAAAAAACGAUAUUUCAUUUCAGAUCGCUAAAGAAGACGAGAAGAAAUGAAGCGUUUUUGUGGAUCAGAGUUCUGGAAUGCCAGUUUGACUCUCUACACCGAUAGUCCUGAUCUAACGCCAUGCUUUCAGAACACGGUGUUGGUAUGGAUCCCCUGCAUCUUCCUGUGGGCCGCCUUUCCUUUCUACCACUUCUAUCUCAAGCAAAACAACAAGGGCUACAUCGUGAUGUCCAUUCUCAACAAGGUCAAAACAUUUUUCGGUGUUCUUCUCUGGCUGAUCUGCUGGCUAGACCUCUUCUACGAACUCGGCCAAAGCAGAGUUCAGCAUCCUGUUAAAGUCGUCACGCCACUCAUUCUUGGAAUCACCAUGUUAUUAGCCACAGUGCUGAUUCAGUACGAACGACUGAGAGGAGUCCAGUCCUCGGGGUUGCUCUUCAUCUUCUGGCUGUUAGCGUUGCUCUGCGCGAUCGUGCCUUUCCGAUCCAGGAUCCGAGAAGCAGCAGACAAGGGAGUUACUGAUCAGCUACGAUUUACCACCUUCUAUAUUUAUUUUGGGCUGCUGCUUUUCCAGCUGAUCCUCUCUUGCUUUAAUGAGAAGCCUCCGUUGUUCUCCAGCAUUGUCACAGACCCAAAUCCUUGCCCCGAGUACACUGCCGGGUUCCUCUCCACAAUGACAUUCUGGUGGUUUACAAGUAUGGCUAUCAAGGGGUACAGAAAUCCACUAGAAGAUAAGGAUCUCUGGUCUUUGAACAAGAAAGACACCUCAGAAAUAGUUGUGCCAACACUCCUUAAAAAAUGGGAGACAGAAAAAGCGAAAGUACAAAGAAAGAACCAGGCUGUAUACUCCACAUCCUCCACCAAAGUUCUGAACCAUGUUGACGGAGGGACUGAAGAGGCCGGAGUGUUGCUAUUGGGGAAGAAUGAUACGAAGCAGCCGUCCUUCCUGAAAGCCUUGCUGAAAGCCUAUGGCUCCUACUUUUUAAUUGGCUCUGCAUACAAACUUAUGCAGGACCUGAUAGGCUUUGUGAACCCACAGCUUCUGAACUUGUUGAUUAACUUCACGAUGCAGAAGGAUGCCCCCUCCUGGUGGGGCUUUGCCUUGGCGUUUUUGAUGUUCUUCUGUGCGCUGCUGCAGACCAUCAUCCUCCACCAGCACUUCCAGUACUGCUUUGUGACUGGAAUGAGACUACGCACUGCUAUCAUAGGGGCUAUAUACAGAAAGUCUCUGGUGAUCACAAAUUCAGCCAAGCGAUCAUCCACAGUGGGAGAGAUUGUGAACCUGAUGUCUGUCGAUGCCCAGCGCUUUAUGGAUCUCACCACCUUCCUCAACAUGCUGUGGUCAGCCCCACUCCAAAUCAUCUUAGCCUUAUACUUUCUCUGGCAGUAUCUGGGUCCCUCCGUCCUUGCUGGUUUUGCAGUGAUGGUUUUACUGAUUCCUUUGAAUGCAGCCAUUGCCAUGAAGACCAGGGCUUUUCAGGUGGAACAGAUGCAGUACAAAGACGCCCGGAUCAAACUGAUGAGUGAGAUUCUCAAUGGCAUCAAGGUCUUAAAGCUGUAUGCCUGGGAGAAUUCGUUUAAGGAGAAGGUCCUGCAGAUCCGAGAGAAUGAGCUGAAAGUGCUGAGGAAAUCUGCCUAUCUCGGGGCUGUGUCUAUCUUUGCCUGGACCAGCGCCCCAUUCCUGGUUGCCUUGACAACAUUUGCUGUAUAUGUCACAGUGAAUGACAAAAAUGUACUUGAUGCCAAGAAGGCCUUUGUCUCCUUGUCAUUGUUCAACAUUCUGCGGUUCCCUUUGAACAUGCUUCCUCAGGUCAUCAGCAGUAUUGUGCAGGCUAGCGUCUCCCUGAAGCGCAUUCAGUGUUUCCUGAGUCAUGAUGAGUUGGACCCCGACAGUGUUGACAAAAAGAACAUAGCCUCAGGCUGUGUCGUCACCGUAGUGAAUGGAAAAUUCAGUUGGGCAAAAUCCGACCCUGCAACUCUCCACAGUAUCAACCUGAUGGUGCCUCACGGAUCUCUGCUAGCUGUGGUGGGGCAUGUGGGCUGUGGGAAGUCCUCUCUGGUCUCUGCUCUCCUGGGUGAAAUGGAGAAGCUGGAAGGGGAGAUUUCAAUCAAGGGUUCAGUGGCCUACGUGUCCCAGCAGGCCUGGAUUCAGAACGCCACUCUGAGAGACAACAUCCUGUUUGGCAAGCCAUACAACGCAGAGAAGUACAGCAGCAUCCUGGAAGCCUGUGCCCUCCUCACAGACCUGGAGGUGCUACCAGGGGGUGACCAGACUGAAAUAGGAGAGAAGGGUAUUAACUUAUCCGGUGGUCAGAAGCAGCGGGUCAGCAUUGCCAGGGCUCUCUACAGUGAAGCAGAUGUCUACUUGCUCGAUGACCCUCUGUCUGCAGUGGAUGCGCAUGUAGCAAAACAUAUCUUUGACAAAGUCAUUGGUCCAGAAGGGUUACUUAAAGACAAAACUCGAAUCCUGGUGACACACAGCAUCACCUUCCUGCCGCAGGUAGACAACAUUGUGGUGCUGGUGGAUGGGAGUGUGUCCGAGAUGGGGUCCUACCAGGAGCUGCUGACACAAAAUGGUGCCUUUGCAGAAUUCCUCCGAAAUUACACGCUCGAGGACAUUGUUGAGGAAGACGAGGCUAUAGAGCUGGAGGAAGAAGAGGAGGAUUUCAGAGAAGACACCUUGAGUAACCACAUCGACAUGGUAGAUAACGAGCCAGUAGCAAACGAAGCUCGCAAGCAGUUCAUUAGGCAAAUUAGUGUCAUUUCAGUAGACCUGGAGAACCCGAAAAAAAUGUCAACAAGAAAGAGAAAGUGCAGCGAAAGGAAAGCGGCUGAACACCCACCUGACAAAAAAUCAUCAGCUCAGAAACUCAUUUACGCAGAGACCGCAGAGACUGGGAGAGUGAAACUGCAGGUGUUUUGGGAGUAUGUGAAAGCAGUGGGCCCCAUUUUGUGCUUGUUCAUAUGUUUCCUGUACUGCUGUCAAAAUGCUGCUGCCAUAGGGGCUAACGUAUGGCUCAGUGAGUGGACGAGUGACACUGCUGUUAACGGAACUCAAACAGAAACAAGCAUGAGGGUUGGGGUGUACGCAGCACUGGGGCUAACUCAAGGUCUUCUUAUCUUCAUUACCUGUUUUCUAAGCCGGGCCUACUUGAUGCUGAAAGCGUCCCAGAUGAUUCACCAGCAAAUGCUUCAGGGCACCCUUCUAUCCCCUCUGAGCUUUUUUGAAGCCACUCCCUCUGGGAGAAUUUUGAACCGAUUUGCCAAAGACAUCGACACAAUUGAUAUCAACAUCCCUGAAAAUAUUGACAUUUGGAUGCGCACUUUCUGGUACACAGCCUCAGUCCUGCUCAUAUGUUCAGCCCUCACCCCCAUCUUCCUCAUAGUGAUAGUGCCAUUAAUGAUGUUCUAUUGGUGGGUCCAGCGGUUUUAUGUGGCAACAUCUCGUCAGCUUAAGCGUCUGGAAUCUGUCAGCAGGUCUCCUAUAUACUCCCACUUUUCAGAAACAAUCACAGGUACCAGUGUGAUCCGUGCAUACGGACGACAAAAUGCUUUUGUUCUCAUAAGUGACAAGAAAGUGGAUGAGAACCAGAAAAGUUACUACCCUGGUAUUGUUUCCAACAGGUGGCUUGGCAUUCGAAUUGAGUUCAUUGGAAAUUGCAUUGUCCUGUUUGCUGCCCUGUUUGCAGUGAUUGAGAGGAACAAGCUGACGCCAGGCAUGGUUGGACUCUCUGUGUCUUAUGCAUUGCAGGUCACAAUGUCUUUGAACUGGAUGGUCCGGAUGACCUCUGACCUGGAGAGCAACAUUGUGGCAGUGGAAAGAGUGAAGGAGUAUUCUGAAACUGAGACUGAGGCACCCUGGAUAGUCCCAGACAAAAGGCCUCCAGAGGACUGGCCCACCCAGGGGAAGGUGGAGUUCAAUGAUUACAGUGUUAGGUACAGGGAGGGACUGGACCUGGUACUGAAGAACCUGACUCUACAGGUGAAAGGAGGAGAGAAGAUUGGCAUUGUGGGGCGGACUGGAGCUGGCAAGUCGUCCAUGACUCUGUGCCUCUUCAGGAUCCUGGAAGCUGCAGCAGGAGAGAUCACUAUAGAUGGGGUGAAGAUUUCAGAGAUCGGUCUCCAUGAUCUGAGAUCCAAGCUCACCAUCAUUCCUCAGGACCCCGUGCUGUUCUCUGGAACCCUGCGCAUGAACCUGGAUCCCUUUGAGAAAUAUGCAGAUGAAGACAUCUGGAAAGUGCUUGAGCUUUCUCACUUGAAUAGGUUUGUCAGCAGUCAACCUGCUGGGAUAAACCAUGAGUGCUCUGAAGGUGGAGAAAAUCUCAGUGUUGGUCAGAGACAACUUGUAUGUCUUGCAAGAGCCCUGCUGAGGAAAACUCGAAUUCUGGUCCUGGAUGAAGCUACUGCUGCUAUAGAUCUGGAGACAGAUGAUCUGAUCCAGUCUACCAUCAGAACCCAGUUUGAAGACUGUACAGUCUUCACUAUAGCACAUAGGCUUAAUACUAUAUUGGACUACACAAGGGUUCUAGUUUUGGACAAGGGACAAAUAGCUGAAUUUGACACACCGACAAACCUUAUAGCAAAGAAAGGAAUUUUCUACGGUAUGGCCAAAGAUGCAGGACUGGCCUAAAACCAUUUCCUACAAAUUGCAGUGCCUUUUCCACCGUUAAGAGACAAUGCAGUGAAUGUAUAUUGUCACGAUGUAUGUUUUUUGAGGAUUAUUCUGUACACAUGAGAUUUCGUACAGAUGCAAGUAUGACCAGCAACCAAGUUUAUUACAACUUAAAUAUUUGUUCGCUAUAUUUUUGUACUGUAUUUAAGUUUAACUUUCUUUUUUUUGUUUACUAAUUUUAUAGAGAAAGAUAGAGUUAGUUUCUUUGGGGAAAAUACUGUUGCAGUAUGAGAGGUUAAUUUGUAUACCAAUGCAUAUCUGUAAAAACUUGAAUACUGGCAGGAAUACCAAAUUUUAAUUAUUCUUUUGUUACAGUGCAAAUGUCUAUUAAAGAAAAACAGAAAA